AUGCUGACCCUUCUGAGCCUCCUCUGGGCGCUCACCGUUGUACUCGGCGUCGCCCAGGCCUCCCCAACGAACGUCGUCGACGUCGAUCUCCCCGAGGCCGCAAAGCCCGCAGCUCCGACGAAGACUUUCAUCCUCACUCAGGAGGACGUCGACGCCUACUACGAGGAGACCGGCAUGACUGAUGUAAUGGGAAUAAACGGAAUGGAUGAGGUCUCGCUCUCAGACUUGGAUGACCCUCCCGUCUAUAACAUCACCUGCCCCGACAAAUGGCAAGUCUACUAUUAUAAUUGGUGGCCUUUACUCAACGCGAUGUGCGGCACAGUAGCCAAGAUGGGAGGAGCUUGGACGGACGGGCCAUGGACUGGCGUCUUCGGUGGUAAUCAGGCAAAGAUAGACAGAGCUAGAAAAGUCACCUUCGACUGGGCGCAGACGGGUCGCGGCGAUGAGUUCUGGAUGAAGGAAAAGAUCAGCAUGGAUUACGAGGGCUGCGGAAUAGCCAAAUUCGAGUAUCAGUACCAGCAACAAGCGAUACUGGAGAACGGAAGAGGAGAAUGUUGGAAUACCAAAGACUACCGGCCGACAUACCUGCCCGUGAAAGCGAUUGUCAAGGAUUUCUGCGAACAAUCCAUCAAGGUGAUCCGACAGCAAGGAGCCGAUCAGUUCAUCAAGGAUGUUUCACGGGGCAAGGACGGACUCUAUUUCACGAGUUAUAACCGCCAGGUCGACGAUGCUUUGAACAGGACCAGGCUGUACGAUGUCGGCAUGAUUCACUUCUGGAUCAAGCCGAGGAACAAUACCAUUGCUUGUCCUGCGGGCAAGACCGUUCAAGACAUCAUUGAGGAUAAAGUGGACGGACUCAACGAGGCGCUGUGCCAGCAGCGUAUCUUGUCUAUUGAGAACAUGGACUGUGGAGCUCCUUUGGGCAAAAGCGAUGGCGGACGCUUGUUUGCAGACUGUUUCGAAUGGGGAGUCGAAGCAUCUGGUUACAAUGGGAUCGACAUUCUUGGGUAA